CCAAUUAUCAUUCCAGUCACAGGAAAGGUCUUAUAUCUUGAACAAAUAAAAAUAAUGACUAAACUUUAAAGAAAAAAAAACAAUUUUCACAAUCUUUCUGAAGUUUGGUACGGAGCUCGGUAAAAAAGCGUCUGUUCAAGCAGCCAUCUUGGCAGUCCUGUUGUGUUUUGGUCUCUGCUAGAGUCUGAAUUGAACAUGACAGCGAGAAAGUCUGGGUCACGACUCGAGACAGAGAUAGAACGAAGCCGUUCCAAGGGGCAAUGGGACAAGAUACCAGAGCUUGUACGGCAGCUCUCUGCCAAACUAAUAUCAAAUGACCUGGGGAAUCUGCUGCUGGGGGAAGCCAAGCUCCAGCAGUACCUCAAAAAGAACCCCAUCAAGCAGGGGGCCAGCCCGAGGGGCCCAAGACCCCAGCUUGUAGAGGUCCGCAAGCACCUGACCGCUGCCCUGGACCGAGGGAACCUCAAGCCGGACUACAUGCAAGAGGCUAGUAUGUUGAUGGCCAAGCUGUCCUAUGUGGAGGGAGACUAGAGUGAGGCCUUCAACCAGUAUGGCAAAGUGACCCUGGACGAGCUGGCACUGGUGGGAGCCCCCGUCUACCGUCUCUCCAUGAUUGCCGAAGCAUACGCUACCAAAGGUCUGUGUCUAGAGAAAGUCCCGGCUGCAUCUCCGUCCCUGUCCAAUUAUAAUGUGGACAAAGACCAGGAAGUGAUUACCUGCUAUGAGAAGUCUGGAGACAUUGCCCUGCUCUACCUCAAGGAAGUAGAGAAGCACACGCCUUUCCCUUCCCCACCUACAUUCCCAGCCCACCCACACAUCCAGAACACCAGUAACCUGACCCAGGGAGUGGGCCGCUUCCGGGAGAUCCUCCGAGCUGUAGAGACCAGGACCACACAGAACCUACGAAUGACCAUAGCCAAACAGCUGGCAGAGAUCCUGCUGAGGGGGAUGUGUGAGCAGAGCUACUGGUCUUCUCUGGAGGACCCUCCUAGCAAGUCCCACCUGGACGACCCCCUGCUAUGCCAGGGAGCCCCCUACCUCAAGGACUACGCCCUCAGCCGCAGGCCACGCGUCUACACCGGAGAGAAUCUGUUUUGUCCACAGGAGAACACAGAGGAGGCUCUGCUCCUUUUGCUGAUUAGUGAAUCUAUGGCCAACAGAGAUGCGGUGCUGAGCAGGAUCCCAGAGCAUAACAGCGACCGCAUCAUCAGCCUGCAGAGUGCCUCUGUGGUCUACGACUUGCUGACCAUCGCCCUGGGGCGACGGGGACAGUACGAGAUGCUCUCUGAGUGUCUAGAGAGGGCCAUGAAGUUUGCCUUUGAGGAGUUCCAUCUCUGGUACCAGCUAGCCCUGUCACUGAUGGCUGCUGGGACGUCGGCCAGGGCGGUGAAGGUAUUGAAGGAGUGUAUCCGUCUGAAGCCGGAUGACCCCACCAUCCCCUUACUAGCUGUCAAGCUGUGCAUUGGAGCACCCCAUUGGCUGGAGGAAGGGGAGUGUUUUGCUAAGAUGGUGGUGGACAUGGGGGAGAAGGCCUCAGAGUUCCGAGCUAAAGGUUACCUAGCCAUCGGCCUGGUGUACAGCCUCAAGGCCACAGACGCUUCCCCGGGGAUGCAGGAGGAGUAUCAGAAGAAGGCCCUGGGUGCGUUCCAGAGGGCCCAGAGCUUGUCCCCCACAGACCACCUGGCUGCCUUCUACCUGGCCCUGGAGCUGGCUGUGUCAUGACAGAUCCCGGAGGCGCUGGGGUACGUGCGUCAGCCUCUGCACCUGCAGUGAGACGACGUGUACUCACUCCACCUGCUGCUGCUGUCGGCUCAGAAACACUACCACAACGCUCUCAACAUCAUCGAGAUGGCCCUCAGCGAGUAUCCUGAGAGCUUCAUUCUGUUAUUCACCAAGGUGAAGCUGGAGACAUUGUGUCAAGGACCUGAGGAGGCUCUGCUCACCUGAAAACACAUGCUACAGAUCUGGAAGUCCUGUUACAACCUCACCAAUCCUAGUGAUUCGGGUCGAGGCAGCAGCCUGUUGGACAGAGCCAUAGUAGACAGAAGGACACUAAAUGCCAUGACGCUGCCUGACUUCAGUGACCCAGAGACAGGCUCAGUCCACACCACAUCCAUGGCGGCGUCGCGGGUGGAACAGGCCCUGUCAGAGGUGGCCUCCUCCAUGCAGAGCAGCACCCCCAAACAAGGACCCCUACACCCCUGGAUGACUCUGGCUCAGAUCUGGCUUCACGCAGUGGAGGUGUACAUUGGCAUGGGAAAGCCUGCGGAGGCUACGGCCUGUACACAGGAGGCUGCCAACCUGUUCCCCAUGUCCCACAACGUGCUGUUCACGCGGGGCCAGGUGGCUGAGCUGCGGGGUAAUGUGGACGAGGCCAAACGCUGGUAUGAGGAGGCCCUCUCCAUCAGCCCCACCCACGUCAAGACCAUGCAGAGACUGGUCACUGCUGCUAGGGAUGAGGAGUGA